GCCUUGUAAGGUGGGAUGGAAAAAAGCAAAUGUGUGGAAAACAAUGCGUACGUAGGUGAUGCAAUGGGCAUGGAGGGACAGCAUUGAGUGAAGCCCGAAUGAGACGACUCACGGGAAGCUUGCUUGUGUUGUUCGAACAAAGUUCGAUAAAGCGACCCUACGAAAUUAGGUUAUGAUAAAGCUUGUUCUUGGAUUUUCAGUGGAGACAGUCCCUUAAAGAAUAUGUGAUGACCAUUAUCACGCAUUAUAGAGUUGUGAUAGAGGAAGAGAAGUUGGCGUGGGACGAGUCAGACAGAUGGAAAUUGUUUAAGGAGGAGGACCUAAAAUCGUCCCCUAGAUGAAAGAGUGGAGGGUCCAGAUUAGGAAAGCCUUGCGGGUGCAGGGCAGUCGGGUCAGACCAGGAAAGGGAUCGAGAGGUACACCCUAAGUUCGACAAUGUAACAUUGCUACCCUGGGUUCUUAUCCUACCCGCUUAGAAUUGUAAUGUCCAACCUGACUAAGCGCACCAAAAAAGCUGGAAUUGUCGGAAAGUACGGCACACGAUAUGGUGCCAGUUUAAGGAAACAGAUCAAAAAGAUGGAAGUUAGUCAGCACUCCAAAUACUUUUGUGAAUUCUGUGGGAAGUUUGCGGUGAAAAGGAAAGCUGUGGGAAUUUGGAGCCGCAAAGAUUGUGGCAAGGUGAAGGCUGGUGGUGCUUACACCAUGAAAAGUAAUGUACUAACCUUAAACGCUAAACCUCGUGGUGAGGAUACUGUGCUGACAACAUGCGUCAAUGUUGAAGAGCACGGCGGCUGCUGUUACUGUGUGAAGCACCAUCAGGCGUUUGAGGGAAGCCACAGAAAGCUAGAUCACAUGUUGUGUCUGUUAUUAUUUAAAGAUCGUAAAUUAUUUUUGAAAGAUUUUUCUUCGCGUAUUGCUUUCAUAGAAAUUGGAUAAUUGCUUACUUGAGUUCGUGCGAUCUGUCAUGGGCCUUUGUUGUUAACAUCUAAUUAAUCACGUACAUCUGUCCAGAUUGUGGAUCUAGAUCGUGAACCUCUACUCAUCGGUAAAAGUCAUGGAUUACGACUAACUAAUGAAUCUACGAAAUUUUAGUAUGAAAGCAUAAACUAGUCCUUGUAAUUCACGACGUGUAAAUCCUACAAGUAGUCUACGAGCUGCACCAUGUUACUGCGGCAUUCUUAACGUACCUGAAUGGACCGCAGCAUUGUAUGUAGGUAGUCUUAGUUUUGGACAAUUUUCAACUUCUGUCGAAGUUGCAAUUAUGAUAAUUAUAGAUCUGCACCAACGACCUCUGCACAUGAUAGCUUUCAGUUGGAGAUUUACAGGCAAACUUAGAUAUAUCGUUCUUGUCGGCCUUUUUUUGGUUGAUGUAUGGGAUGUAGUGCACAUGGUUAGUAGCUGUGCCUCAAUUAAUUAUCUGUCACAACAGAAAUUUAUUCACCUAUUAGGUAGAAUACUGCAGGAGGUGUACAACAGUGUAUUACUGGGAGAGUCUCUUGCUUUGCUACAAAUGCUGCAUGAAACACUGUACAUCUGAGAUUCAAAUAAUCUUGUACAGAAUGUGUAUUUCAGACAAUAGCUGUAAUUUAGAAAUAUGAUUAUAGACUAGAAUCUGUAAUGGAAACGACCCUCAUUCUUUGUCGUCAAGACAAAGUGUAACAACAAGAGAUGUGAGAUUCAAUAAACCCACCAUAAUGGUGUGACUUGCCAA